CACUUUUUGUUUUUCUGUCUAAAGAGGCACACUAUUAGUUCAUAACAACAUUUUACAAGUGUAACACUAAAUCUAAAUCAUUUCAUUUUGAAUUCUUUCAAUUUCAUCUUGAAAUUGCAUUGUGGCACAACUCACUCCGCCUUGCCAAAAUUAGGUACAGAUUGCUUUUUCUUAGGGAAAUAAAGUUUGUGUUUCAAUCUCUUCUUAUGACUUGCGCAAAUACACAGUCCUUUCUUGAUGUCCCCGAUUUCCAUUCAACUCUCGCAGCCCAUUAACCCCACACCCCUUGCAGAGUGGAUGUCAAUAAUUUGGAUGCGGGAACAGAGACAAAUGCCAAUUUACACCAUGAACUGUAUUAUCAUUUCUUGGGUACAGAUCAAUGUGAAGAUAUCUUGUGCUGGAAAGAUUUAGAUAACCCAAAACAUUCACGUUCAGCAUUAGUAACCGAAGAUGGGAAGUAUGUUAUUCAAUCUAUUUUUGAGAACUGUGAUCCCGUAAACAAAGUCUACUUCUGUGACUUAUCUGCAUUACCUAGGGGGCUUGAGGGUUAUAAAGGAACAAAUGAGAUGCUCCCUUUUGUGAAACUCAUUGAUACCUUUGAUGCAUCAUAUGAGUUUGUUGCCAAUGAUGGCACUGUGUUCACCUUUCGUACUAAUAAGGAUGCUCCCAAGUACAAAUUAGUUAGGUCAGAUAUUAAAGAACCUGGUUCUUGGCUUGAUGUAAUUGCAGAGGAUGAAAAAGAUGUUCUUGAAUCUGCUGUAGCUGUGAAUAAGAAUCAAUUGGUUGUAAGCUAUUUGCGUGAUGUGAAACAUGUUUUACAGUUGAGAAAUAUAGAUACGGGCAUGCUUAAGCAGCAUUUGCCUAUAGAUAUCGGAACGGUGUCUGGAAUCUCUGCUCGCCGUAAAGAUAACAUAUUUUUUGUUGGCUUUACAAACUUCCUUGUCCCUGGGAUUAUUUAUCAGUGCAACCUUAAAACUGAUGUUGUAGAAAUGAAAAUAUUCCGUGAAAUAGUUGUCCCUGGCUUUGAUCGGACGAAAUUCCAAGUCAAUCAGGUCUUGGUUCCCAGUAAAGAUGGUAUUCGUAUACCAAUGUUUAUAGUAGUUGAAAAAGAUAUUUCUUUGGAUGGAUCACACCCCCGUUUACUCUAUGGAUAUGGGGGAUUUAACAUUAGUAUUACGCCGUACUUUUCUGUUGCUCGGCUAGUGAUUGCAAAGAAUUUAGGUGUUGUUUUUUGCAUAGCAAAUAUUCGUGGUGGUGGGGAAUAUGGAGAAGAAUGGCAUAAAGCAGGCACUCUUGGAAAGAAACAAAACUGCUUUAAUGAUUUCAUUUCUGCUGCUGAGUAUCUCGUCAUUGCUGGUUACACGCAGCCUAGCAAGCUGUGUAUUGAAGGCGGAAGCAAUAGUGGGCUUCUUAUUGGAGCUUGCAUCAAUCAAAGACCUGAUCUUUUUGGAUGUGCUCUUGCGCAUGUUGGUGUUAUGGACAUGCUUAGAUUUCACAAGUUUACAAUUGGCCAUGCAUGGACAUCUGAUUAUGGGUGUUCAGACAACGAGGAAGAAUUUAAUUGGCUGAUCAAGCACUCGCCAUUACAUAAUGUCAGAAGGCCGUGGGAACAAACUCCCAUUAAAGCUUCUCAGUAUCCAUCAACCAUGCUUUUGACAGCGGAUCAUGAUGAUAGGACCAUGCAAUAUGUAUUAUGCUCAAGCAUGGAGAAAAGCCCCCAGCGCAACCCCAUUAUUGGUUCGGUUGGCACUUCUUCAACUCGAUUGCCAGCAAACUCCAAUUUCAGGAUCCCACUCGUUCGCUGGCGGCUCCAGACGACGAUAACUUUAGCGACGGAUAGCAAGGCAGUCGCGGCGCACCACAUGGAAGUGGCGGAUCCGGUUUUGGCAGCAACUACAGUGACGGUCCCUCCUCCAGGUAACGUGGCUGUUUUGGACGCGGACAAAGGCGCGGCAAUGGUAACCGGGGUCGUGGUCGAGGGCGCCAAAAUGGAGGCUCGAGACAGCGACCACCAACGGACGACUACAAUCCCUUGAACUCACCAUACCCAAACCCUAGCCCAGGGUUGUUGGGCCCCCGGCCCACUCCCACCCCACCCCUAUCACGCCCAUGCAUAUUACACAACUACCCCACCCUCAAUCCCAUAUCCCUACCCACUAACCUACCCCU